AUGUUUUAUGACCUGAAUGUGCCAUAUGCCCCUGAUGACCCUGGUGUAUCCCACACCUUGAAUUUCCUUGCUGAAUUGGGUUACACUACCGUUGCCCUGUCUCAAACAGUCAGCGGAAAGCUUCCGCCAAACAUCGUGCCUCCAGAAGUACCUCGGAAUCCACCCAAAUCCCUUCAGCUUCUAACGCGCGUGAACUUAACGCUAUCCGACCCCGCCCAAAACCAACGUCUCAAUGCUCUUGGUCAGGCAUAUGAUCUGGUCGCCAUUCGGCCCACCAAUGAGAAGUCCCUCCUCAAUGCUUGUACAAACCUUGAAUGUGAUAUCAUCUCACUAGAUCUCUCCGUCCGGCAGCCAUACCAUUUCAAAUUCAAAAUGCUUUCAGCUGCGGUGUCACGGGGGAUUCGCAUCGAGAUAUGCUAUGGUCCUGGGGUCACCGGGAGCGGCCUUGAUGCUAGAAGAAACCUCAUUGGAAAUGCUAUGGCUUUGAUCCGAGCCACACGAGGCCGCGGCAUUAUUGUGUCAAGCGAGGCCCGACGAGCGCUGAGCUUACGAGCCCCGUGGGAUGUGAUUAACUUGACAUGUGUCUGGGGUCUGUCACAAGAGGUCGGGAAGGAGGCGAUAUGCGAAGAAGCCCGAAAAGUCACAGCUUUAGCUAAAUUGAAACGUACAAGCUGGCGUGGCAUUGUUGACAUCGUUCAUGGCGGGGAAUCAACCAAAUCGGAAAACCUAGCACAGAAACCGCAAACCACAAACAAAAGGGACACGAGAUCUGCAGAAGACCACGGCUCCGAGGGCUUGAAGAGAAAGGCAUCUACGAGCUCUGAAGUCGUACCAGAAACCCUUGAGAAGCCCAUAUCGAAGAGGGAGCAAAAACGCCGAGCAAAGAAAGCAAAACUAGAGGCAAAUGGCCCUGAUGCGAAAUGA